AUGGAUGGAUUUGGCGGGCCCACCUUCACCGACAUGUCAGCAUUGACCCUGGCCUUUUUAAAUCCCCUCUCUAAAGCUGUUUCCAUCGAUUAUAUGGGGUGCCCAAAGUCCAACUGCCUGGAUUUUCAUCUCGGGUGGCUGUUUCUUCGAUCCGCAGAGCUGCAGGCAGCCUCCAGAGUUCUGGCUGCUGCGCAUGGCAUCUGCUUCCUCAACGUCGUCGUCGUCGUCGUCGUCGUCGUCCCUCGUUUCCAGGGCCAAGACGGCGAUCCACUCCGCGGCAGCCAAAGCGGAGAAGGUCCUCACGGACAUCCGCAUCGAUCUGAAGAACGAUCGGGAGCGAGGUCUUCACGCUGAUUUAUCCCCUACACUCCUACGCACGCGCACGCAAGAUCUCCGAUACCUCGAUGGGAUUCCCGGAUCGAGGAAUUGUUUCAUUGUUCGUCGCCGUUUUAAUUUACCUUUGCGGGGAGCCCCUCUCACCGAUUGUUUGGGUUUAUGUAGGUGAUGGAAAGCCUCAGAAUUUGGCGAGGAGGGAGGGGGGAGAUCAGUUGACAGCGUCUACUGAGUUUGAGGAGCCUGCAAAAAAAUCCGAGGAGGUGCUUCUUUAAUUUUUUUGUUUUUUCUUACUCCUUUUUGUCUUCAUCUUCAAAUUAACAGAAUGGAUUUUUUUUCAUAUUUUUUGAUCAUUUUUUUUACUUGGAACUAUUUAUUGUUCUCCAUGUCUGAUAGUCGGCAAUGAUUAUUUUAAAAAUAAAUUCUAUGCCGAUUUUCUUUGAAAAUUGGGAGGCAAUUCUGAUGGCCGGUGUCAUUCUAUCAUAACACUGAAUGCUUUUUUAAAGUCCACUUUUAUUGAUUUGGAUUCAAGUUGACUCGGUCGUGGUAAGAGGAGAUAGGUUUGGUUUGAUAUAUUACAUUCUCUGUUGACAUGAAAUAACGAUGGGCCACUUACUGGCAGAGGUGGGAUGCUGGAGCCGGCAUCACAUUGUCAAGCAUGCAAUACGGUCUCCUUGCAAUGUUAUGGUUAUAAAUUAAACCAGAUCCAUGAAAAAGCAUUAAGUGGUUUGGUAGAAGUUCGCUCAUGACUGUCUUCCUUGCACACGCCAUCUCCAUUUUGACUCAACUUUAUAGCUCUGGCAAUGUUACCCAUGUACUGGAUAUUUGCCGAAUUUUGAUCAGAGUCUGCUCAACAGAUCACAGCGCUGAUGCUGAGAUUUGACAAAUCAUGGGCGUUAUAUUCUCUGAGGGAUCACCCAGGUGUCAAGGAUGUGUAUGCCUGGAACUCAUUUUUCUAGCUUGGAUAGUGGAAUAAUAGAAUUUUUAGAUGUUGGGAAAAGAUGAGUCCUUUAUAUGCUAACCGUCUUUUGGUCAUAUCUGUACCCUAUUAUAAUCAUCAUCAAAAGAUAAUAUUUGAAGGAAUAUAUGAGGAUAAAAGAAAUAAAUAUGGAGGCUGUUAUUAAAAAUAUAGUAAUAUCAUAGGAAAUAUCUAGUCAUAUAUUUUUGACAUGGAUAUAUUUUCAUAAUUUAAUUUUUAACUGGAUACAUUUUCAAAUAAUAUUAAAUUUUUGUGCUAAUCUACUGACUGGUGAUGAAUAAAUUUACUGCAUAUGUUACCUUGGGUUGGAAGUGAAUUAAGUUUAGUGCUAAUCUCAGGUCAACAUGUUAAUUAAUCACCAAAUUAGGAACUAAAAUUGUGAAAACUAUAAUUGAUAAAUAACAUCUUUUCGAAAACGGAAAUAACAUUGCUUUCUUUCUCUUGAAAUUAACGUUAUAUUUUAUGUAGAUUCUUUUUUUAUACAUUCUGAACCAGUCUUUUUACUCUACAUGAUUUUCGAACAUUCAUGAAUUUAAAAUCGAAUCGGUUUGAUUCAAAAUGGAUAUGAUGCGACACUGCUAUCAUCACAAUAAGUCACUAUAUUUAUUUCUAAGACAAGAUUUGCCCUGGUUGUCGACUCUUCCUGCAUUUGAUAAGAUGGCAGGCUGUUAGUUACCUGGGCAAUUUAUUUGACUUAUUAAACCCCAAAUUGGUUGGCAUGGGAUAUGAUCAUGAACAGUUGAUAUGGGAGUCUUCAACAACUGGUAUUUCCUCACAAUAACUGAUUAUGCAUAUUUUAGGGUUUGAGAGUUUAUAUUUUAGCGACUUCGUUGAACAGUAGUGAUAGGGGCCAAGCUGCAAUAGAUAUGCCUCGAACCAUAUAUACUUUAGAAGAGAAUAGCGAAGAUAGGAUUAGCUUAGCUUUGGAACCGUCGACCAUCUUGAUCAGAUGAACACAAAAUAAAAUUCGCUGUCCAUUUGCAUCAAUAGGCUUGAGGGAGUGAAAAGUACGGGAUAUGUCUGUUGUUUGUUCCAUUAAUCAUCAAGAUCUAUGCUGCAUUUCAAUAGAAGAGGUUUCGAGGGUCAUCCAUUACAAAAGACUUUCCUCAGAGGGGAUAUGUGGACCAGCCAGCUCAAUAAGGCUGUAAUCCCUUUCUAUUAAUAGGGAGUCGGCAUGGUAGUCAGGGAGGUAAUCAUGGCAGAGACAGAAGUUGUGAGCAUGGUCACUGCAGAGGCAGCUCAAGGCAGCAGGACAAAUCCAGGGAGGGCCAACGUCUGCAACUGCUGCUGGGCAAAGCAGCCCACUGAAGUUGACCAUUUUGGUUAAAAUAUCAUUCUUAGUGAAUAUUCAUUUUCUGCCAUUCACAUACUCAACUAGAAGCGCGCAAUCCUUAAAAUAUCCUAGUGUCCUUUAUAGUAGCAAUUUAUUCUUCUGUAUUACUCAUUCCAGGCUGGGAAAGCCAUUGAAACCUUGUUCCCAUGUUUUUCUUAUCAUUACUUUUAGUAGACAUGUUCAGUUAAUUUCAUGACAUUAAGUGCUUCAUGCUAUCAUGAUAAGACAACAAAAAUAUUGUGACUAGUAAUGUUGUGUGCUACUCUUUAGUGUUCAACAUUUUUCUAAUGUUUCUGAUUGGUUUCCAAAUUAUUUUUUUCAUUGACUCUGGACUCUUUUUUGUGCUGGCUUUCUUUUAGCAAGAAUAUUUUCAAAAUUCUAUUGCCUUAUCAAGCUACUGCAAUUGAUUUGGCAUAAGAUUUUCACAAAAAGGAUACAAUCCUAUUGCUUGUGGAAUCGAUGUAUGAUCUUCUUGAAAGUGUUUCCAGCGAUGUUCAGUGUACCUAGACAUGUGGGUGAUUAUAUCAAAAAAAGAGCCUUCAUUGGAUGUGUGAGACUGUCAACAGUGUCCUACAUCAUUGUUGUGCCACCUGAAAUCUCUGAUAUCGUACAUUUCGACUGCUGGUUAGUCGGGAACCAGGUUGCAAUGGUUUCCACAUUAAAAAUGGAGUAUUUGAUGCUUAACCAUUGUACUGUCAUGAUACCGUUAAAAUGUAUCCCAUCAGUGGAAGUACCUCGAAGAUACUGAUUGCUUUUUCAAGCAUUCUUGAUUGUUACACUCUUGUGGUACUAGACUACAAUCGUUUUUAAUAUCUAGUUUUUUAAUUCUUUUUACUAUUUUCAGGAUAUCAACUAUACGAAAUGGAAACCUUUAAACCUGGGGAAAAAACAAGAUUGGCAGCACUCCCUAAAGAAUUUUAGGAUAGGAAAGAGAGACGUUGAGGAGAAAACUAGCCAGGUGCCUCCAGAUAUUUCUAUUCCUGCCAAUUGCUUGCAGUGGAAUCAAAGAGACAUUCCAGACAUGAAGGUAGAAGGCCAUUAUUUUCCGUCUAAUGAAUAAAUUAUUUUAAAAUUAUCUUCUAUGUUUUAUUUAAGACCUUUCUUUUUUAACACGUGGAUAACAUGCCGUUAACAUUUCGUAAAAAAUAAUUGAAUCAUGUUGUACCUAUGAGUAAAUAAUUUUUCGGUGUAAAUAGUGUCAACUAAAUUAUUCUUUGUUACUUCUCAAUUUGGGUGUCUAUGUUCAAAAGUGACAUUACAAAAUAGAACCUGCAUUUCAUAAAUUGGCAAAUGGUCUAAUGAAUGAACAUACGUGGUGACUACGGGUGUACUUGUACUGAACUAAUAUCACAUCAACUUUUUUAAACCUUGCAAAAAGAAUAUCUUAAUGUAUGAAGGGCAUCUCUGAAGGAACACUUUCUAAUACAAUUUUCUUUAAAUCUCUUUUCUUGUGCAAAAAGAACAUACACUGGUUACUGUAUUUAAAUCUCUUUUUUUUGGUUAGCCUAAGAUUAGCAGGAAUUUGAUUCCUUUUUUCUUUUGUAGCCUAGUUAUAUUCUCAAAAUAUCUGCUUUUGGGAAUGUCAAGCAUGGUUUUAACUUUAACUUCAGAAGGCUACCAUUUAAUGGAUGAGGCAGAAAUAGAAGCAUGACGGAAACCAUCAGUUUUCUCCGUCAGGUAUAAACUAGAGGCAUCCACGAAUGAUUUGUCUAUGGAUUCCUGUUUCUGAAUAUUUUAUUCAAUAUCUAUGCAAAGCGUGUUGAGUUAUGGAUCAGAAAUGCAAAUCUUAAAAUAAAAGAUAUGUUAGAACUCGUGUACCACUCAUGUCUGUUGAUGAAGGUGACAAAAAUUCCAAGAUCCUGGAUUUUUUUGGGGUAUUAUCUAUCAACAAUCAGAGUUGGUUUCAAUCUGUGAUUCGUAUCUAUUAUUCCCAGUGUUAUCUCAUUGUGUCAAAUUUGUAAAUUUUUGUGUGCAGUUGCUUAAUGUCAGUUUCAGUGCAGUAGCUUAAAAGAUUGAUCACUUUCAGGAAAUGGGAUCCAGUGGACUGGAUCAUGGUAGAAAUCCUGUGAUAACUACUUCAAUUCCUCCUGCUUAUGUCCUUAAAAAUCUGGCAGCAGCCAAUAUGUAAGUAUUUAUUUGACUGCAGCUGUGCAUGUCUCUUUCAGUGACCACCCAAUUUUUUUUGCUUUCAUUAGAAAUAUACUUUAUUACCUUUUCUGUCUAAGAUAAGAACUAAUGAAAUAUACUCGACCGUAUGGAAAAUCAUUCAUGGAUUUAAUUUUUUUAAGAUUCUUUUUGUGUAAUUACGUUGAAGCCAAAUGACUGUGUUUUUUAUGCUUUACGAUUCAAUACAUAUUAUCUAUUGGAAAGUUGUUUUGAAUUGAUGUAAGGUUUAUUUUGCAAUUGAUUGAUGUCUGUUUUACUCUUUCGUUAUCCUGCAGGAAAGCAAAGACCUUUAAAUCUGUGAAAGAUUUUCCGAUGCAAGAUAGUGAUUCUCCACCAAUGAAAGAGAAACUGGGCUUGAGUUUUUCUGUGGUCAAAUCAAUUGUGGUUCGUGAGAAGGACAAGCUGAACCAUGAAAUGUGUGGCAAAUUGGAAAUCUCUUCUGCCGUUCAGGUCUUAUUUGAUUCAGGUUGUGAAUUAGGUUUGUAUUUUUCAGAUUGAAUUCUUCAGCGUAAUAUUCGUUCCUCAGUUUCAUUGUAAUAUCUGCAAGAUAAAUUGCAGGGGAACAGCCCCUCAAAGGGAAUGAAGGAUCUAGGUCACAGUCAUUGUUGAUCACAUGUAUCCAUGGUGCUCCCCCAGGAAGCUUUUUGGUUAAAGUUUCUGAAAUCGCUGGAAGCUUCAAGUCUUUACACAAGAUGGUUUUGUUUUGGCAUAAUGUCGUCACUGAAGUAUGGAUCACUUUCUCACAAACUAUUAAAGGAAAACAACAUUGUUUGAGCUUAUAGAUUAUCUGCAUUUAAGUUAAUUUAUCAUUAAGAGUUAGUGUUUUCGUGAAAAAUGUUUUCCCAAGCACUUGGUUUUAUCAGGUCAAGAUUUAGGUCUAUCUGUUUAUGUUUUCCAUACGCAGGGACACCAUGUGCAUACCGUAUAUAUUAUUUCGUUGAGAAAAAUCUUCGUGCAGAGCAUAUCUUCUUUCAAGUUUUCCUGAGAUAUGUACUUACACAGCUAAUUGCCAACUUAGUCUUAAUCCUAUGGAAAUUUGACGUUUUUAUGUUGAAAUUCCUUUUUUUAAUUUGAAAGGAAGAAGCUUUUAGUCAUAAUUGUCUCUUUUAGUUGAUAGUAUCUGGAAUUAAAGAAAUAGGUCUUACUUUCUUAGUUUCCUAGUAUCUGGAAUUAAAGACUUUUUCCAGAAAAUUUCUGAGUUUCUUGCAUUGGAGGGUUGGACAAGGAAAAAAAAAGAAUUGGAAGAGGGUUUUGGUUCUGUGUCUGAAACAUAAAGGGGCAUGUCGCUAGAAUCUGAGUAAGAAAUAUGAAAGCUUUCAAAUGUGGUCUACUAAUUCUGCAGAAGGUCCCAGUUCUUAAUUUAUUCUUUAGGGUAAUGUGGAAUUGAACUUGAAGGAAAAAGAUAUUAAAUGAGAUUAUCUUCAGUCUCUAACAUCAAUUAGCAUACAAGAAAAGGCUGGAGGGAUGAUUUCGGUUGUCUACAUAUUGAAAUCACUACAUAGAAGCCUGACGUUUUGGUAUCAGAGGCUAUAGCGCUUCAUACAUUUUUGCACAAAGAUAUGUAAUGAUGUACAUUUUAUAUAAUGGAUAUGCAACCAAAAGUUUUUAGUUACAAAUUUGUCUCGGUAUAAAAGACCAAAUAACUUUAUCAUAUUCUACGUUUGAAGAGUUAUUCUGUUGCUGUGCCUAGAUGGUGAUAAACGUUUUUCUCUUUUCUCUAUUUUUUUCAAAGGAAGCAUUGAUUUCGUUAUAUACAUGUAAUGGAUGCGCAACAAAAAGUUGUAGUUAAAAAGUUGUCUCAGUAUCUAAGACUAAAUAGCUGGAUAACAUUCUAUGUUUGGAAAAUUAUUCUUUUGUCUAGAUGGUUCUUACCACUGGAUAAAAAACCUAGAACCAUAUGAGUGUAAGGAAUAUGAGAAUCUUAACAAUUAAGUUUAAAGCUUCUUACCUAGGUCACUUUAGUGUGCUGGUAACUUUGAUGGCCGGUUAAACAUCUCUUAUGGUACUUAACUUGAUGAAAUGCACAUUAAUAUACAAAUAUUAAAACCAUGUCCUCUUAGGGUACUUAACUUGAUGAAAAUUAGCAUUAGUAUACAAGUAUGAAAACCAUGUCCUCUAAUCUAUUCGUAGUCAUCAAAUUCAAUGACUUGAAAACAAUAAAUAACCACCCAAGAAGAUGUCUAUUUACAUUGAGAAGUUAGUAGCCAACAAUGCCACAGCACUUCGUGAAUUUCUGUACGAUUUUACUCUUGGAAAAAAUGAUCACUCAGUAUAGGAUUUAAAGUAAGUGAAGUUAGAUCAAUCAUAUUCAUAAAACUGUUUGAGAUUAUUCUACAGACGUGACUGUUGGUGCUUCAUUUUAUCAAAUUUCGGACGAAUGCUAUUAAAAAUUUACAGUUUGGUGUCAAUUUGAUAUUAUGUGCAAUGUAGAUUCUUUGAAGUCAUAACCUUUUCUGGAAUCUUAUGUUAAACUAGUCAUAGCUGCAUCACAUAUGAAGUCACUAGCCCCUUUGUUGGCAUAAAUGGCCUAAGACCCAUGAUGUGAAUCAGGCAGAAAAGUCAAAAGAGCGGUUCUUUGAAAGAGUAUGACAUAUUGGGGACUGGCCAUUCUCCUGGACCAACGCAUAAGGCAGUGAUUUAUAAAGGACUUUAAUUUGGUUGAAAGUUGUUGCUCUGAUAGUGUGAGGUGAACCCACCUGAUCAGUUACUCUUCUUUUGUGGCCAUCUUUGAUCAUCCAAGUUAGUCAUUCCUUGUAGAAAAUAUGCUAUAAUGGUCGAAGAUGAUCUGUUUUGAUGUGAAAGGUAGGCAUGGGGGAAUGACUGAGUAUGAUAUCGUGACAGCAUCAUAAUUGCCUUUUGCCAUUGUCUCUCCUUCUGUCAAUGGUAAGAAAAAGACAAGUUUGGGAAACAGGGAUGGAAAAAAACCUGCUUUGAAGAUGGUUGUUAUCACCUUCGUUAUCAUUAUUGCCUGUCACAUUCAUAUCAGCUGAUUUGAUGUUCCUCUCUCCCUUGUCCCAUUUUGGAGUGUUGUUUCCCACUAUGUCAGACUGUUGUAGCCUAGUAAAUGAGUGGAUGUGUUUAAUUAGGCUGGUUCUUGUACUCUACCUUACGAAAAAUGUACAAAUGUCUGUUCGUUUAUCCAAUUUUGACAAGAAAACGUAAUAUUUUUGCAUAAAGGGUUGACCUAAAAUUAGUCUACAUUAGAUAGGGCCAUUGUUGCAUCAGUUUCAUGAUUUACUGUCUUUGCCACCUCUGUUUACAAUUUUUUGGAAAAGAACCGCUCAAGGAGAAAGUGUGAACCUUAUUGAGUGUUUCAACUCAACAUUGUGUUGUGCAUUUGUUUUCUGCAUGGAGCUGUGUAAACCUCAGGAACAGGUUUUAUAUUGCGAUCAGAAAUUACUUUUUGAUGAUCCUGAAGUUUGCAACAUAACAUACCACUUUUGUAUCUAUACCAUGCCAAUGAAAUUUACUAUUGUCUUAAUUAUCGAAAUGAAUUUUAAUCGGAAAUUAUUUAUAUCUGUAGCUGAAGAGACGAUGGUCUGUGGGAAAACCAAUUCCUCACAUGCCGCUGGAUGAAAAUCCUGAUUUAGAUUGCUGUCGUCUGCAUCAGCAAUUGCAGGUUAUAAAUUGUUGUAUUGCCCGGAAACUGCGUCGAAUUAAUGCAACAGAACAGUUGGAUUCUGUUGUGAGCAGAAGUCCGGAUGAUAAUCCAGUUGAUUUUUUCAACAAGCUAUCCGAAAAGCCUACGAUAUAUGCAAAAGUUAGAACCGGUGCUCAUGUUCUCAGGCUUGGUGCUGGUAAUCCAUCCAAGAACCUAACCAUGCUAGAAACGGGUGAACAAAUAUAUUCCCCUCUGACUCAGGUGUAAUGUCCCUUAAAUCUUUUAUGGUUAUUUUGGUUUUUGUUUUCAAUUUAUAUGAUGGUCGUAUCUGACAAUCGAAAUCGUUCUUGAAAUGAAGGAGGGACCGGUUUUAACAGAGGAACUCAUUAAAGAAACUGAGGAGUUUGUACUGCGAACUGGGAGGUCUGAUAUCUUUGAUACACGUAAUUUUGUCCUAUUAUAAAUGAAUAGUAUAGUAUCCUCUAUCUUCUUACUUCUUUGCUUGUAAUCUAGUUGAAGAUCUGAUGUGAUAUAUUUGGUAGGGCCCAUAAUGGAUGAGAACGAAUUUGACAUGGCAAGUGUGAUCCAUGAAACCUAUAAAUUUUGAGAAACAAGUACAUGUGAUAUGAUAGGUCAUAUUUUUUGAUUUUAUAGGACCAAACAUGGGGAAAAUCUUGAUAGAAUCAAGGACAGUAUUGUCCUGGGCUUAUCAACCAAAUGGACAGCAAAAAAGUAAAAUGAAAUGAGAGAUAAUUUAGGCCUUUCAAGUGUCCUUACAACAUCAUUUAGUUUGACUUUGGGUACUAACACCAACUUUUCGUCAAUAUCCCAUUUUACCCCACUUUCAAAUCGAGAUAUUAUCUGAGAUUUCGGUUUUGAUAAUUUGGUGCUAGACAACGAUCUAUACAGUUCUUUUAGGAACCUUCUUAUUUGAUACCCUACUUUCUUUUUCAAAAUUUCCGGUAUCAAAUUCUCUUAAUUAGACGAAAGAAAUUUAUGUUUUAAGAUUUUUUCCAAUCUCAUUGAAGAACGUGAAUAUUAUUUUCCUUAUAUUUCAUGUGUACCUUGUACCUGUUCUAGUUCUUCCCGUAUGCUGCCGUUUACUCAAAUGCCACAAGCUUGACCUAUUUUUCCUCUUGAGCUAUCAUUAAUUGUAAAUUGUUCAACUUAAGUGUAACAAAUCAAAAAAUCUCCGGGACAAGGAGGUCAUAAAAGCUUGGUAGAUUAAUCUUCAAUAGGGGGUCUUUUGGAACUUCUUUCUAUAAUCUACUUCAAUUGUCCUCCAGUACAAAUAUCAAAUGGCUGUUUCCACUGGCUAUCAGUGUGUGAAUUUGACUUGCGAUGAGAAAUGUAGUAUCCACAAUUAUUGCCAUUGUUCACAAUGCCAGACUUGCAUUUAAAUUCUAUGAUCAGUAUUCUUGUAAGUAGUUAUGUAAGGUAUGGAGCAUGCCAUACAUAGUAUUGGACAUUGUUUCGAAAUUGAAGAACUUCAGCUCUUGAGGGACGGCCCACCAUCCAAAUGACACCAGUAGGGUUGUCUUCAUCAUGGAUAUGAGACAUGUUUAGAAAGGUAAAGUUGGGAUUCAAAGCUUUACUUUGGUGUAGCAUCAUGGAAGGUAAAGGAGAGGAUAAUAAUCUUAAGGUCCAUAAGACAUUGAUAAGGAAGAAAAUGACAGUGAACGGCAGUGUUCCCUCUCAAUAAGAAGGGCUGCUUCUUGAUCUCCUAAAAAAUAUUAUAAAUUAACAACCAUUGUUCAAAGGAAAGGUCUCUUAGAAAAUAAGAAAACAUUUAUUUGAAAUGCCAAAAUGUGUGAUCUCUUGCAAAGAACUGAGUAUAACUACAUCUUCUAGUUAUCAUCUUUUUCUUGUUUCGGAAAGAAGCAUGGUAUAUGACAUCCACUAUGCCAGUUGAAGUUGGGUUCACGGAAUAGCUUAUGAAAAUCUUGUACGUGGUCUGGCUAGAAAUAUUCUGUAAUAAAGAUGUGGGCUUGGUAGCUUGCGAAACUGUCAUACCAGGUCAGCCCAGCACUGUUAUCACCCAAUGCAUUGGCAUGCAUUGGUUACAUGAGUUCAUGAAGAGUGAGAAAAUGGAUAGGAUGACUAGCAGUUUUAAAUGAGGUCAAUGUUGUUCACAAGUGCUAACUCAUCUUCUUGGCUGUUCUGAAUUCAUUUUAAUGGAAUUUGGAAACCUUUGCCGAAGGUCUGCCCUUCUCCUUAUUUAUUUUAUCCAAUGCGUGUCAACUAUUUUUGGCAUUAAUGUUGACAUUCGUGCCUCUCUAUCAAGGAGAUUGUUUUCAGAAACAGCUCUAUUGUAGCAGUAUAUUCAUGAUAGAUAGGAAAAGCUAUGCUCAUAACUUAUAACAGUUGCUGGACAGGAUCAGGCAUUUCUUGAAUACUAUACGUAAGAAUCAUUACAAAGAAGAUCGGAUUGUUCUCAAAAGGGAAGUGAUAGCUAAACAAUAUGAUAAUGAGAGAUCAAGCAAGACUUCAAGCAGCAUCCUCUUUAGAGAUAACUCUUCAUUAAUCAAGCAGUUUAACCAUAACAAGUUUCACUUUGGAAAAGUCAACCAGACAUUCUUUUGAACCUCAAUCAUAAAAGCUAUUAUUAGACGUCUUUAACAUUACCGUUGGUUUUAUCUGAUAAUUUGGCUUGGUGGGUUUACUUUCAGUUCCUAUGUAACUGUUUAGUGAGUGAAGCCCGCUAUAAACCUUUUUGAUCUGUGGGUAUUGUUUUGACCUUGACGUCACAUGUUACGAAAGCACAUUCAAUAACACUCAUAAUAAGAAGAAUAAACAUUCAAAUAUUUCAGUACUUUCGUGUGGACCACGACUAGUGAGGGAUAAAAUAGUAAUGGUUCAAGAUUUAGAAGCUUAUUAAAAAUUGGUUGGAGGUAUAUCUUGCUCAAGUAUCACAUAGCCCUUUCUUUCCGGUUUCCUUGUUCCAUGACAGUGGGCAUGCACCAAAUAUCAUGUCAUAUUACAAGUACCUGUCAUAUUACUAAGGAUGUCUAGUUGUAAUUGUAAACCAGUUUCAGUUGUGAUUUUGAUGUUCGCACCACCAACUAUACAGAAAUUAUUCCCGGAUAUUUCGCGUACAAUCAUUGUCCCAAUUCAUUGUUAUAGAAACCAAUUGAUAGAAUGCAACACUAGUGCAGUUUUUUAUCAUAUUCGUGUCGUAGGUUAUUGAUGCAGAAGAAAUUUGGUGUUUAUUCGGAUCAUGCUACUCGAAAAUGGACAUUCCACAUAAGGAUUGUUGCUAACCUAACAAGUUUGUUGCCUCCUUGAGCAAGCGUAGAAAUGUUAUUCCAUUAAAUCAGGCAUAGCAUUCCUUCAUUGAUCAUGGUACUUGGUUCCAAUUACCAUGAUUCAGAUAUCUAAUGUCUGCGACUCGUGCAGAAUCCUUUUGUGCAAUUGUACAUGAAUUCAUUUUGACAGAAAUGACGACCAUGUGUUUCUGUUAACAUUAAAGUUUGCAUGAAAGGUCCUGUGCCCAAGGUCCUGUGCCCUACUUUGCAUGAAAGGGAUGUUAAGUUUCAUGCAUAUUAGGUUCAGGCAUUUGUUUAUAUAAUCUCACUAAAGGAGCCAUUUGCAUUGUGGCUGUGCUGACUGUUAACAUUAUGUUGUUUGGUUCUAGUUCAUAAUGAUCAAAGUCAAAUCGCGUGUCUAUAUAAUGAAGCAACUCCAUAGAGAGGUGCGUGGGGAGUCUUGACUAGUUCGAAACAGCGAAUUAAGAAAAGAUGUUCAACGGACCAGAAAGACUCGGCAUAGGAACUUAUUCCCACCUACGUGGUUGGUAAGCGAAACCCACCUCAACCAGAUCUACCGAAAAAAGCAGGGUGCCCCAUUGAAAGAAUUAACACGCCAAAAUGGCCACUCCCCAAAAAAGGGAGAGAUCCGCUGCUUAUUUUUUUGGAACGUACCAGUUGUGUCCGAAAUAGUGUAACUAAGGAGUUUCCGGGGAUUUCCAGAUAUAUGACUCAAAAGAAUCGACACAAUACACCUAGUUUUAAUCUGACAAGUUUUCUUGCUAUUUUUACUCAUAAGAUUUUCAUUCAUAAUAUUUGUACUGAUUUUCCUUACCUAAGUUAUACAGUUUCAAAAACUAAAUCUGUUUUUCAUUGAUAGUAUUUCAUCAAGUUCCUAUCUAACUUGCCCAAGAAGAAUAUGAGAUUCGUCGUUAUUUGAUGGGCUUCAAAUAUGAGAUUCGUCACAUACUAUUAAGUUGUUGCUUAAAUAGGCUUCAAUUGUUUUAAAUUCCUAAUGAGCAGGCUUUCUCAUACCUUAAGAGAUCAGAAAUACGCAAUUCACAUUUCAUGGUAUAUCUUUCAGGAUUUGGACGUCUUAUGUAUGUUAUUUAGGUUUUCAUGUAAAUCCUCAUUACUUAAGAGAGAAGAAGCUGCUGUAACUUUUGUUUUUCCUUGUCUUCAUGAAAUAUCUCAUGCAGCAUUGUUAUGUCUUAUAUUUCAGUAUUGGGGCUGGAUGUUCUCAGCUGCUGUCUGACAUGCAAGCUUUCAAGGUUAUGUCCUUACUCUAAGCACUUAUUAUAGAAGUGGUACCUUGUUUUACAGAUACAGAAGUUUCAAGCAUUUAAUAUCAUCUUACAUACUUCAACAAAUUGUAUAUUAGGCUGCGAAUCCUGGAUGCAUUUUAGAAGACUUUAUCAGGUGGUACUCACCUCCAGAUUGGAAGGAAACCAAUGAUUUAUGUGAUAGUGAGGAUGUAUCGUCAAGUGGAGGUUGCUUAAGUGGAAGGAUGCAGGGAGAAGGUAAAUCUUUUCACUGUAUCAACAAAAUUGUUAUUGAAAUGUACACCCAUAUGACUUUUCAAGAUCCCUAUGGAGCUUUCUAUAAUCUAUCUGCACACACAAUAGCUCUGGGUCCUUUUCGUUUCCCAUUGGCACUCUUAAACCAGGAGCACCUUUCCUGGAUCCUUGGAUUCAAACAAGAUUCCCACAACAGGUCAAGAUAAUUAAUGAUGAGGUUGGACGUAUCGAUAUCAUUAAGACUGUCAGUAUCUCGACCAUUGGGUUUCUAUUAAGCCUCAAAACUUGGACAGUAUUCGAAGUCGAUAGCUCCUAGAAGUCCGACGAGCUAUGCAUGCAGUUUUGGGUCUAACUUCUUGAAAUGUCUCUAGCCUUUGCUGUAUGUUUUUAGGGCACCUGAGUCACAAAUUUUGGGCUUUCUCAUGUAUUGUAGUAUCCUAUGUCACCAUGUAUGCACAAAGAUGAAUAUGACUUAUACAUACUAGUAAUUGGAGUAGAAGUUAGGGAAACAAGCAGUAUUUGCAAACUUAGUCGUUUGAAUGUUAAAGCAUUACACAUACUUAUCCGUUACCCAACUUAUCAAGCAAACUAGCAUCCCGUGAAAAAUAUUGCCAAGAAUAGAAAGAUUGUAAACUUUCCUACGAUUUCAAGUUGUCCAAAGGAGAAAAUUUGCUGUCCUUCUUCUAUGAAGAUUUCUUGCCUAUCAUUGUCCAUGGUGCUCAUCAAGAUUUGUGACUCUUAACAUCAUUUUCAAAUAACGUCUUUUGAUUCAAUAUAUCUUAUCACAUAUUGACAGAUAUGUGAUAUACUCACAAACUUGUGUACAUAACUAGCGAAGCUAUGCCAUUUGGUUUCAUCUAUCCAUCCCAUGUGGAUCAUUUAUUGAAGUUGGACAGGACAGCAGAGCCAAGAUGGCCAUGUCAAUGGAUGCUGUCUGUUGAAGGCGUAGUGGUACCUACAUAGCAGUCUUGUUCGUGCCUUGUCUGCAGGAUUUUCUUUGUAGGAGGUCAAGGUCGGAGUAAGAAUAGCAAACAGACUGACUUGUUUACGAGAUCUCUACCUAGCACUUGAUAUAAGCUUCAUGCUAUGACAAGUUCUUGCAUUUUAAUCCAAGAAGGAUGCAAAUAACCUGGGGGAGUUGUGGGUCAGGACUCUUACACUCACAGGUCAGAAUAGUGCGGCAGUUCUUGCUUGAACAUUAUUUUUCUAACUGAUCCAGAUUUUGAGGAGAGUAACAGCAGAUUUCAGUUGAUUUAAAGGCUAACACAUUUCCACAAUACGUUUUUUUUCUCUUCAUGAGAUUACCUUUGCUUGUAGAUUCAAGCAACCCUUGAGGAUUCAAGGGGCGUUAUUCUGAUCCGUGUACAUUCAGGGAUAGUCCAAUGCAAUCCUUGUGGUCCUAAGGAUUUAGUACUUCGUACCUAAUGGAUUCAAGGCUCAAAUUUCUACUCUGCUACUUUUUCUGCAUCAAGUUGUAUUAAAUCUCUAUUUUCCGGUGAAUUCAAGUGGCGUUACUUUGAUCCUUGUGGAUUUAAGGAUCAUCUAAAACAAAUCAUUGCGGAGUAGGAUUGAGUAUUUAAGGCUUGAGUUUUCAUCCUUCCUUGACGUCUGUUGCAUUAUGUGGAGGGUUGACUUACAGAUCAUUCACCCAAUAAAAGAAAUUGCCUCUUGGGAUUUAGAUUGAUUUUUUUCUUAUAGAAUAUUGUUGGCUUCCUGUCUGGCAGUGUUUAUUAUUCUGUGGGCACUUGUUUCAUCAGUUUUCAUCUCUGACAUCGGCUUAUGAGAUAUCUUGUAUCAUGUUGAACUUCUGCAGGGAAUUUAUGGCGUGAACUAUGGGAAACAGCUAAACCAUUACCUGCGGCAAAACAGGCACCACUUUUUGAUGAAGAUUUGGCUGUGUGAGUACAUUCUGGGUGUUAUACUAUUAGGCUAUAUGAAUCAUAAUUUAGAUAACUCACUGCUGACCUUUUCUUCCAGUGAGAGCACCUUAACAUCCAUGGCGUCUAUCCCCCCUUCUGAGCUUCUUGAGCAGUUGUUCCUUUCAAUGGCAAGUAAUUCAUUCUAGCUAAUGUUUCGUCCAUUUUCCUCUUUCAGGCAAAUAAAAAAACUAAAUCAUAUUUUUCAGAUUCAAUUAUUUGUUUGUUUUUAUGUAACAGUCCAAUAAUGUUUGAAAUAUUAAAAUAAAUUUCAAGAUCUUUGUAAAUAUUUACAUUUUUUUUCUUUUGACUGAAAUGAUAGUGCCCCUGUCACCUCAUUGGGACGCUAUGAAAGCUAUGCAUAGAGUGGUAGCGUGGGAUAAUAUGCCGAGGAGUGGUCAAUUGGGAGGAGUGAUAUAAUGCCUUUGGUCCUUUAUUUACUGGAGCAGUAAUCUCAAAUGUUAGCACCAAGAUUAAAAGAGGAAAGAAAACCACUUAGGGCACACCAAAGGACUAGUUUUUUAUCGUAAUCUUAUGUAUCAGAGAACGUAUCAUUGCAUUGUGCAGAAAUCUAAGAGGGAGAGAGGAUUCCACUGAAAACACAAGGUGAAAAGCACUGGGGAGGAUGAACUCCGAAACCCUAGGUGAGGGACGGUGAAUUCAGAAAUGGUACGAGGUUAAUGGGCCAAGAAGAUCUAAUAGGCCCAGACAGGCGUAGUAGGCUCAUGUAGGCCAAACAACAAAAAGAACUUUCUUAUUAGGUUUUCCCAUUGAGGUAUCAUGUAGGAUUGGUUUCUUGAUUUUUUUAUCACUGUCACAAGCGCUCCAUUAGUUAUCUUAGAUUUCAUCAGUGCCGUACUAUUUACCGCUGUACUGGGGAAAUCUGUUCAAGACUAGACAUAAUAUUUCGGAAUAUUCCAUCAGCUUCAAUUUAUGAGAAUUUUUUUUUUGCUUGCCUCUGACUUAUUUACUUUUAAACACUACCAAUUAUUCAUCUUAGUACUUCCUGUUCUUAGGUUAUACUCUGGAAAUAAGAGGAGCUUCUUUAUCAUUCUAUAAAUUGAUCUUCGAACUCACAAAAUAACUCUUAUUAUGUGAGAGUUAUUAUGUUGUUUAACGGAGUACUUUCACUGGAAUUUUCGUACCUCUAUCUUUAUCUUUUUUAUCAAUUUGCAACACUUAAUAAUAUCUCCACAAUUCUAUCCUUCCUGGACGGAUGAAUGCAUAGAGAAUUCAGAUUAAUAACGCAGUAUGCCUAUGUCCAUAAUAGUAGCAAAUCUCUUGCGUGAAAUAGUCAUCCAAUCGGAAUUGAGAAAUUCCAUUGCUUGUUUCUCGUUAUGUCAUGUUAAUCGAUGUAAUUAAUUGGUUCCUGCAAAGUAUAAAAUCGAUUGCUUUCUCCCUAUUGGAAUCCACUUCAGUUAAUUAGACUAUUUCACCGGAUAUAUUGAUAACCAAUUUUCGCCAAUAACUAUAGGCCUCCGCCAUAAAUCAGGCUGAAAUCGUUUGCAAUAAUCAAUUUAAUGUCAAUGGAUAUGAUUUGAUAAUUAUCCCCUCCCCCUCCCCUCAUAGCCUACUCUCUCCUUUCCUCUCUCCCUUGUCUCUCCGUCACAUUAUUUGUCAUCUCUCACUCUGUCUAGAUUUACAAAUAAUAAUUCAAUAAAAAUGCUAUGAUUCAUCUUUCAACAAGGACCAGAUGAGUCGGUGUUAACAUUACCCUCCAUGAUCUCUUGUUUCAGCUUUGCUCAGGCUUUGUUGUUGCUGAAAGCGUCCUGGCAAAGGCUGGAAACAUUCCGAAGCUAUUCUAUGAGUGCAAGGACUAUAUAAGCACCACAUGUCAGAGCGGCUUGCCAAUUGACAUCAUUGACGACCUUUGCAAGGUCAGAACUACCAAAAUUGAUAAUUAAUAAAGUUCUGACGCUCGGAGUUAGUUAGAAUCCCCUAUUGAUUGCUGCUGUCCCUUUCUCUUAUUUAAAUCGAGAACUUUAUGAAAUGGGUGUUUCAGGUGUAUGAAACGGUAGAGAAAAUCCUCACUCAUCCAGAGGCCAGAUGGGUCUCUGGAGAGACAGCCUUGGAGGAGCCAAGAAGCCGGCUCAAGAAACUUCACCUUUCAUUUAUGGGGAAAGACAAGGAGAUUCUGCCAAGACCAGCCACCAAGGACCAGAAGAAGCUUGAAGACAAGAAUGCCAGUAUGUUCUCUAACCUGUUUGAUGGGAAGCCAUCUUUAUUUACAAAGAAGCAGCCACCGCCAAGUGCUGCCCCUUCCAUGGCCCCAUCUCACCUCAGUGAGGGUGAUUGGGCUGGUUCGUGA